GAUCACGGGAUAUCUGAAUUCUUGAGUUUUAGUAGAAAGUGGUUGAACCGGUUGUCCUGCCAGAUAGUGUAACGCACGUUUGAGCAAAUGGGGAAGCAUGAAACUCAGACGCUUAGAGAGACUAACUCAGAAAUAUACCACACGCUGGCUAAGAGCAGGAACCUCAGACAUAUUGUGCUCUAGUGUACAAUGAGAAGGAGCCUCUAGCGGAGCGUAUAUUCACACCAAGCUCGACUAAUAAGUGCACAAGAAGACAUUUUUAAAAUGGACUCCUACGUGUCUUCAGUGGACCACGGCCAUUCACAGGCGAGUGGUGUGGAGAAGUUGUCUAGUGGCUGGCAAAAGCCCACUCAUUCCAGGAGCAGCAGCACAGCAUCCUCACGACACUCACGGCUGAACAUUAAAGACUGGGAAGUAAUGGAUGACUUUCCAGUAGAUGUAAACUUCACUGGAGAAAACAUGCAGGAUGCGAACACUCCAGGAAUCUGUGAAGGCUACUUGAUGAAGAGGAGAAAGUGGCCUCUUAAAGGCUGGCAUAAGAGAUACUUUGUCUUGGAUAAAGGGAUCCUGCGAUAUACAAAAAACCCACAUGAUUUCUCCAAAGGGAAAAUGCACGGCUCACUGGAUGUCAGUCUCGCAGUUAUGUCAGUAAACAAAAAAGCAAGACGCAUAGAUCUGGAUGCUGGAGACAAUCUGUAUCACAUGAAGGUCAAGACUCAGGAAUUAUAUUACAUAUGGGUCACCAAGCUGAGUGCCCACAGGAUGUAUAAGAAGAACGAAGCUGCGCACAUUCACAAUGGCUUCCUCCAGGCCCUGUCCCAUGGCAGUCAUUUAUCUCACAAAAACAGUGCCAUGCAGGACAUGGGCACGUCUGUGUCUAAUGUGGGUGAAAAUCUGCCAUAUGUCAAUCCUGCCAUUAAUGGGAAAGUGUCAGCUUGGCUACAGUCCCAAGAACCUGACCUCUGUGCACAAGAGCUUACACGCUGUCAAAUGGAGCUGAAUGAGCUGCAACGGCUGGUCCAAAAGUUGCAAUCUCUAGAGUCGGGCAAAUUGGUCAAUAACGGAGACCUCCAGAAGAUUAUCAGCAUGCAGAAUCUUCUUCUUGAAAAGCCUAAGAAGAAGUCUAGCAAGAUUUGGGGUCAUUCUCGCACACUGUCUCGAGUUGAGGCGCUUGGAAUGCCAUUUCGUGGGAUUACUAAAUCGUUAUCAUCAAGCCACCUGACCAGUUCUUCCCAACUGGGAACCUCCGUCCCCUCCAUCCCCGAUUAUGUCAGCACCCAGGCGACCCCACCAGCCCCCAUCUCAUCAGAAGACAAGAAACUCCACCAAGACAUCUGCUCCAUGUCCCUGAAAGUCCAUGCCUCUCUGCGUACUACACAUGAGGCUCUCGCUCAGGAGCGCCAACGCCUGCAGAACGCCUGGUCUAGCAGGGAGCUUCACCAGACUACCUCCGCUCAGAUCAACAACCUCUGCAGCCUGGCUGAGUUAGAUGUUAACUCCCGUCAUACCAAAAUCCACAAACUCUCAGUGUCCUCCAACUCCUCAGAUGAGUCCUUCCGUACUGUGCUACAAAGAAAGUCUGGCUCAGGCCGUAGUUCGCUUAUCCGUGCGCCCUCGGUGGCUGACUCAGUGGCGGAGUAUUUUGAUGCAUGUGAUGAGCUUAUGUGUGCGAGCUCUUCUGAGAUAUCAGAUGAGUCCGGCCUGAGUGACGGAUCCAGUAAUUCAGAGCCUGAUGAGGCUCAUGCAAUGGCUACUCGCAAGUACCGCGCCAGCCUUUCAAAGGCGCCACCAAAAUCGAACAUCAUCAAGAACACCGGAGGCCGUACUAGUCUGCCUGCAGUCUGCCCUGACAACAGCCACGUCGGUUUGAUGACUAUCCUCUACAACAACAUAGGGAAGGAUCUGUCCCGUGUCUCCAUGCCAGCAGCUCUGAAUGAACCUGUGUGCCUGCUGCAGAGACUCUGUGAGGAGCUGGAAUACUCGGACCUACUGGACUCUGCCAAUCAUACCGAUGACCCCUACCAGAGGAUGGUUUAUAUUGCUGCUUUUGCCAUAUCUGGCUAUGCCACGGCUCAGUUUCGCAACCGUUACAAACCAUUUAAUCCAGUCCUAGGAGAGACUUUUGAGUGUAUCAGAGAGGACAGAGGCUUCCGCUACAUUAGUGAGCAGGUUUCCCAUCAUCCACCCAUAUCUGCAUGCCACGCAGAAUCAGAGAAUUUCAACUUCUGGCAGGACCAGAGAUGGAAGAACAAGUUUUGGGGCAAAUCUUUGGAGAUCAUGCCAACAGGGAUGGUGAAUGUGACUCUAAAAAAAUAUGGGGACCACUAUGAAUGGAACAAAGUGGUUACGUGCAUCCACAAUGUCCUCAGUCAGCAGCGAUACCUUGAGCACUAUGGGGAAGUCGUCAUUCGCAACCUGAACAGUUCGGUCUGCACCUGUAAGAUCACAUUUGUCAAGUCACGUUACUGGGGUUCAGAUGGUUCCAAAAACGAAGUGCAGGGUCAAGUUCUUGACGAGGCUGGUAAUGUCAUCCAUCGUUUUGGUGGAUUUUGGCAUGAGGGGAUUUUCUGUGACACCCUGCCCAAUCCACAGUGCAUCUGGAAGCCAAAUCCACAGCCCAAGAACUACCUGGUUUACUAUGGCUUCUCCAGCUUUGCAAUGGAGAUGAAUGAGCUGACCACUGAUCUUAAGCCCCUGCUGCCCCCUACAGAUACACGCUUGCGCCCUGACCAAAGGCUUCUUGAGGAGGGGAAAAUACAGGAGACUGAUAAAAAGAAGGAUGAGGUGGAGGAAAAACAAAGAGAAAGGAGGAAAAUUCUGGCCAAGAAAGGAGAGGAGCACAUCCCUCGCUUCUUCAGGAAAUCUUUGGAUGGUGCGGGGAGGGAAGUUUGGCUGUACAAUGGAACAUAUUGGAAGAUCAGGGAGAAUCCUGGAUUUUCCAAUGUUAAAAACCUGGAUUUAUGGUGAAGAACGCAGAGUGCAGCCACACCGUGGACAAUAAAUCCCUGUGAUAAAUCCAGUUUGCACAGUUUUUAAGAGACUAUAGAACAUUUUUGGAGCAAAGAUGAAUUGCUGAGGGUUUUCGUACUAAACCGAAUCCAUUGAGCAAGGAUGAUGCUUUUAGCAAACGGCAACAGGAGGGAUACAUUUUGAACACUUCUAUUUAUUUGAUGGUUGAGGACACAAACUUGGUGGACAGUUUGGAUCAAAUAUAAGCCAAAAAGUAAUUGAAAAUGUAUGCGAGUUCUGGAGUUAUGUUUAGUUUGAGCAAUUGCACACAUUUCUAUGGGCAAUGUUAAAUUACCUUUCAGUUCAAGUACUUAUGUGCCAGUGGAUACAGCAAGAGUCUGGAUAAAGUAAAUGGAUUAUUUGAUCAUAUAUAAUAUUCAGGGGUCACCGGUUCAUAAAAGGAACGCUAUUUCUCUUACAAAGCCACGGCUCAACCUGAGCAGGAUUUGCCAGUAAAUGGAUUAACUCUAAUUUAGGCCCUCAUUGACUUCUACUGAAUGCGAUUCCUGAAAUCUGUCCUCGGCACUCUUAGAUUGAUUGCACAUCUUUUUCUUUUUUUUCUCCUUUUUUUGGAACCAAAUGUAAGAUUCAAAUUUUAGUCAAUGAUAUUAUAUUUCUUGGCAUUUAAAUAUGAAUUAAACUCACAGUAUGAAAUGUGACAUCAGAAACAACCAUUUUGUGUAGGCCUGGAUGAAGAAAAUCAGUGUAUUAAUUGAAUAUUUGUACACUUUCAAGUAAUGACUUUCAUAGCUAUUUAAAACCGCAAUAAAAUGUACAAUAUUAAAGAAUAGAAGAAAAUGAA